CACAAAUCACAUCAUUGAUCGUUCUUCGUGGCUCGUGGCGAAAGAAGUUUAUUUUUUUGAAAAUUAAUUUUAUAUUUUAACUCAAAAUGACGGCGUUUUUACCAUCCAAUCUUCUGGCAUUAUUUGCUCCGAGGGAUGCUAUUCCAUAUCUACCACCAAUGGAUAAACUUGGUCAUCAGAAAAAGCCAUGGCCUUACGUUGGAGUCUCCAAUCUUCUAGCCAUGUUUGAGGUAAAACAAAAAUAUGCUAUAUCAAAUCAUAUAUUUGUAUAUAUAUUCUGAUACCUAGAAAUAAAAUAUGUCUACCACUAGAGGGUUUAGUUUUGCUAAAUAUUUCUUUAUUGAACAACAGCGUUUAAAUUAAAGCGAUAAAAUUGAGUACUCAUCAAAUCAUCUGUCAUCAUCAAACUAUUUUAUAUUUGUAAUAUCUGAUUUUAGAAAUCGAAGUGGCUAUAUCUACAGGCCCGUAAACAGACUUCGCCAGGCUAUAUUUACGGCACUCUCGUUCUUAGUCUCCAUAUGGCCUGUAUUUAUCGUUAAAGUCAAAUUAAAACAAAAAUAACCCUAUAAACCCCAAUCCUUCCCUAACCUCUAACCCUAACCCCUAAAAAAUUAAAACUAGUCAGAAAAUAAAGUUAAACAUGUUUUCUUAAGGCGAACAAAAAACCGUCACAACUUGGAUUCGAACCCGCGGACUACAACACAGCAGCCAUUUGCCUAACCUUCUGAGCUAUUUCCGAGCUCGCUGAAAUCCUUUGUAAACAAUACGCUUUAUAGUGCCGGUUUGGUACAUAGAGUGCCGUAAAUAUAGCCUGCCGAAGUCUGUUUACGGACCCGUAGAUAUAGCCACUUUGUUUAGAAAUGUUUACCUGACCCUCCCCCCCCCUCCCGGCCAAGCAAGGCCGUAGGGAAGAGGUUGGAGCAGGGGGGUGUAGUAUCGUAUUUGCCAACAACAUUUCUGCCACUAAUUCUGGGCUUUCAAAAAUAGCCGGCGACCGUCAGAGCUCAGGCCCAGGGUGCAUUUUAAGUGUUAUAUGCCAAAGAUUGGUGAAUGGCGUUCUUGGUGUGUUUUAAAAUUUUUAAUUACUGGCACAAAUAAUGAUAAAUUUUAAAUAAAAUUACGACAUUAAUAAGAUGUUCCUUCGAAAGUCGAAAUGAACACUUUGUGAUACUGUCAUAAAGUACAUUCUAAAGCUUGGCAUGUAAUUUCAAUGUCACGGGUGAAAUUUGAACCUUUCUCAUGUCUUAGGCCACAUAAAAUAAAUUCCUUGAUUCUCAUCACUACACUUUGAAAAUGUCGAAGAGGCGGGAGGUUUAUAUUUUAUAUUUAUAUAAUUUAAUAUGUAUCAAUAAAUAAAAGUGUCACAAACUGAAAUAAACAUAUUUCUCAACGAACAAUGACUGGCCCUUGAACUGAAUGCGAAGUUCCGUUAAAAUGCAAUGAAAUUUCUUUCAAGGUUCUAUUUGUUUGAAACUGGCAGUUUAAAAUGGCACUAAAAACCCAAUAUAAAAUAUAAAAAACUUAACUGUCUUGAAAUAUUUUGUCGGGCGGUACAUUUAUAUUGUAUAACAAAAUAUAAAAAAAUUUCAUGCGGCUCUUAAAAUACAGUCGGGCGGUGAUGAGAAUCAAGGAAUUUAUUUUAUGUGGCCUUAGUGUGACCUUGUUUGAGUGCCGGCUUCUCUGCGGCGUGGCCUUAACUAGGGGUGCACCGGAUUUGGAAUUUUCAAAUCCGGCCGGAACCGGAUUUACCGGAUUUGCCGGAUUUAAAAUAAACCGGUAAUGGGGACAAUGGACCAUUUGCAUUAUAGACUAAAUUUUGAUCUAGACAAAAAUUUCAUCACAGCUUGAAAGAGCAUCACAAAAUUAGUAAUAUUCCAAAGUUUCGUUGCGAAAUGUUGUAAAAUGCGGAUAAUAUAGCCUUGCGAAGUUUGCCGUUUUUUAGUCAUUUUGUAUUACGCACGGGAAAUUGACAGCCCAAUCGGGUGUUGGGGCAUCAAUUUCCCAUUUGUAAUACAAAAUGACUGAAAAUUGCAAAUUUCGCAGGGCUAUAUUAUCCGCAUUUUACAACAUUUCGCAACGAAACUUUGGAAUAUUACUAAUUUUGUGAUGCUCUUUCAAGCUGUGAUGAAAUUUUUGUCUAGAUCAAAAUUUAGUCUAUAAUGCAAAUGGUCCAUUGUGGAUAAAUCAGUAUUCAAAAUGGCGGUUUAUGUUUUUUACUAUUUUUAGUUAGUGUCAGUUUAGAUUUUUGAUUGUGUUUAAACCUUUUUUAAAUAUUUUUUGUUAAUAACUUAAUAUUUUAUAAUAAUAUAAGUGUUUUUUAAACUCUGAAGCUGCCAAAUUGAUGGUUUAUCCCAUUCUUGGUGAAUUUUUAAGGUGAAAACAGAAAUUUAAAUCCGGCCGGAUUUUCUCCAAAUCCGGCCGGAAUUCCGGCCGAAUUUAAAAUCCGGUGCACCUCUAGCCUUAACAUAAAAUGCAGCCCAGGCAGGGUUCAAAUUAACAGAUACUAUCUGUUUUUGGGAUUUUGCUACUCAUUUUGCUAUACAGUAAUAUAAAAAAAAUCACUAUUCAACCUGAGAAGAUUUCACAUGUGAAAAAGUAAAAUGGAUAACACUGGAAACGUUUGUUUUCAAACAAUUCUUUGUGUAUUUUGAGGCGAAUCAUUCUCUCAUAUGCGCUGAUAUUUCUGAAUAGACAAUAGAAUUCUGUUGCGUUUCCUAAUGGCCUCAAGCUGUGUUUUGAUUUGAUGUUUUAAUAUAUGAUCAAUGUGUCAAAAUCCACUUAGGAAAGGUCAAAUGUCAUGCUACUUGUUCAGGCAACCAUAAUCAGAUUUGAAUUUCACAAUACUUGGGUUAAAUAUUGCACACAUUUUUAUGGGUGAUAUUGGAAAUUGGAAUUAUUUAAUUUUACAUUGUUGUUUUUUCACUUUUCUGUGUUGUUUAUAAUCUUACAAUACUACCAAAAAAUAAAGACUGCUGAAUCUUUAUUAUAUAACAGCUUUUCUGGUUGAAGAUCGAAAGCUCAAUCCUUUUUCACUAUACAUACCAGGUGAUCUCGUGUUUGUAUUUGAGCCAAUCAGUGCUCAGAAAGGGUUGUCCAAAUAGAAAUCCAUUUUGAUGUAUUCAGUCAAUUAUAUCUUUCAUUAUUCUUUUACUUUAUGAAACUAGCUGAAAUUUUGUAAUUAUGUUUGGUUAUGAGAACUAUAGCUCUGACAAAAAUAUGGAAUCGAAAUAAAGUAUAUUACAGGAGAUAUUCAGUUGUUUUAAUCAUAAAAUGGAUUUCUAUUUGACAACUAGUGCCAGUACUUUUCCGCGUAUCAAGAUCACCUGGUAGUGGAAAUUCGCUAUUCACUUUUUAUUGCAUGAGUCAAUGAGUAGAAAUUCGCUAUUCACUUUUUAUUGCAUGAGUCAAUGAGUAGAAAUUCGCUAUUCACUUUUUAUUGCAUGAGUCAAUGAGUAGAAAUUCGCUAUUCACUUUUAAAUAAUUUAACCCUGCCCUGGGUUCCAGCAGGUGUUACAAAGUUUAUUGCCGGUUACUUUAUUUAAAAUAUACAGCAUGUGCAAAACUCAUUAAAUAAGGUCUAAAAAAAUACCUACAGUGGGUCCGGUUUCAUAUACUGAAAAAAUUAGGGUAGGUAGGUUGGAAAUAAUUUUUUUAAAUAUUUUUUUUUCAUGGUUUUGGCGGGGUUUUUUUGCUAGGCGAUUUUCAGUACAGUCCCGACAUGAAUAUUAAUUAAUUAAAUAGAGAUGUAUAUUUCCUAUGGACGAAUUUGGUAUUUUAGUUCAAUAAUUAUUGUGACAACAGACACCAUUUUGGCUGUAUGAGCAGCCCGCAACCACCCACUCUCAAUAAUCGUCUCUUCAGCUAAUACUGUCAUGAGUCCUAUAAUACAUUAAGUUUUAUGGCAAAAAUCAAACAAGUAUAAAGUGUGCAAAAAGGAUGACUCGUCGACUACAUUUGCAAGACUGUCAAAGAUUGUUUUGCUAGUAAAAUGAUUCCUUUAAUUAUGGACAGCCACCUACUUUCACACAACGACCACUUACUUGAUUCUGAAAGCUCUGAUUAAUCUUUUCCCAAAAUUGUUACUUUUUUAUCUGAGCCACUCAAAUAUUUUACUCGCUGAUUCUAAAAACGAUUUGCUGAUAAAACUGUUAUUUUGCCGAAAAGAGGUUUUCAGAGGGUGUCACCACCCCUAUAGCGUACAGCACUGUGGCCAGGGUGCAUUCCAUGUAAACUCUACGCCAGAGAUACGCCCAAAUUUGCUGUUGAUCAUACCAAUAUUGGGGACUAAAACCAUUGAGUACACGAUGCUUGGUGAGGUCUACUUGAUUUCAGCUAAUGCUUUCUCCUCAUUAUCAAUCUCAUACCCAGAGCAAUGCCUGUGCGUGGGUGAGGGAGCCAUUGGCUCUGGGGAAAUAGAAUUUUUCCUGUGCUGUGAUUGGUUUAACAUUUAUGAAUAGUGCAUGCCAACAACAACCUGAACCCUAAAUUUAGGGGUUCUGGUUGUCUAUUUCCCCAGAGCCAAUGCCUUCCUCGCCCGCGCACAGGCAUUGCUCUGGGUACGAGAUUGCCUCGUUGAUCUGGCCUUGUUGUGGCUCUUACAGCCAGUACUUGCACAGGGGGCUCAACUACUGUAAGUAACAAGUGUAAAAUAAUCAAAAUAAUAAACUUACUUAAAAGGAUUUGCAUGACUAUAUUCUUCAGAAGAAUGUCGAUAUGAAUGGAAAAAGAGCAUGCAUUAUCAAUAUGAAGUACUAUAGAAUUCUCAACAGGUAGGUAAUGCAGGCACGUAUGAGGUAAUAGCAUUAUUAAUAAUAGAUUAAUUAAUAGAAGGGUUGAAACACCGGUCACAUGUUCAUUCGAUGUUUACCAAGAGUUGCCUAUCCACUCGGAGAUUUCCGAUCGCUGUUCGGAAAUGCAUCUCAAAACUAUUUUUGAUUAUAGAGCAAUUUCUGAUCAUUUACAUUGAAACUAUAUAUAGUCUAUACCAGUGCCAACCAAUCACCGCUAUUUUUUAAAUCUGAAUGCAAAUCCGAGCAUCUCACGAGUGCCAAACUAGUUCAUCCGACUGGAUAGGCUAGUCUUGGUAGACAUGUCGUGGAAAUCGCGAAGAAAGCUUGCUGUUAAAAAUCAUUUAGGGAAGGGUUUAUCUAUGUUAUUUCUUUACGUCUAGAUAUCUUCGUUCGUCUAAGAGAAUGCUAAAUACAUUGUAAAAUAAUCAAAUUAUGUCAAAACGGUUAAAUUUAGCAUUUUGGAAUAUCAUGUGACUGGUGUUUCAUCCCUUCUAUUAGUAAUUUAUAUAUUAUAUUAAUUAUGCUAUUACCUCAUAUGUGCCCGCAUUACUUACCUGUUGAGGAUUCUAUAGUACUUCAUAUUGAUAAUUUUUUUGCUCUUUCUCCAUUCAUAUCGACAUUCUUCUGAAGAAGUUAUGCAAAUCUUUUAAAGUAAGUUUAUUAUUUUGAUUAUUUUACACUACUGUCUUGUUACUGACAGUAGUUGAGCCCCCUGUGGUACUCGGGUUAAUGAUUCAAAAACUCGGGACCUUUCCACCAACUAUGGUUUCUAACUAGUUCGUCUGCAGAACAACUUCUUGAGGGUAGAUCGGCUAUAUUGAUCUCUCCCAGAUAAAAUCUCCAUUUCCGUCUCGCAGUCGAAAAGUUGCCUGAUUUCUUCAUACGUUCUUCCCUGUUUUAAACAUAAGGCUUGUAUGUUGUGUCAUUUUGGAUCCAACACCAGACGGUGUAAGAAUCGUUCCACAAGAACACUUUGGGAGGCAUUUUUAAAGAGCUCAUCGCGUCUUUGACAGAUUUGACAUGUCUAGCUAAAAUAGUUGCUCCAAGCAACUCUAAACGAGGUAUAGACUGACGUUUUAUUGGAGCUACUCGUGUCUUGAACGCCACUAGAUUAAUUUAAUACCUCUCCCUUUAACUCAUCGUCCCAAUCACUUUUGCUGAGCAUAAGGCUUUCGUUUUAGUUGUGAAUCAACGUUAGUUGAAUUAAAUAUAGUUGAAUUUGUCAACAGGAGGCAGGUUUGGAUUGUUAUCAGCAGCACUCAUCGUCCCAAUCACUUUUGCUAAACAUAAGGCUUUCGUUUUAGUUGUGAAUGCAUAGGGUUAACAGUCCGAUGGGAUCGAACAUUUUUGUAGAGAGCUGUAGGACUGGUCGCUUUGUAGCACUAGGAAGGGUAGUGGUAUCUUUCGACCAUUUAACAUUGUUAUGGAAAAGUGUGUCCUCGUCAACAUUCCAGGGUAUUCCUAGAACCUUGACUGGGUCGUAUCUUGUUUUGAAUUUCUGAGUACUCCCGGGGUAUUUUCUGCUUUAUCGUUGGCUUCUUGUUGAUUUCAGCUCUAUCUGUUGCUAUCUUUUCUUGCAAGUGUUUUGAAUUCGUAUGCCAUUUUCGUAAGGUAAAACCUCCCGAACUCAUUAACGUCUGGGAUCACUCGUAGACUUCAACUGCUUCAUUAUUGUCAAAAGCACCACCAGCGAAGUCAUCUACAUGAAAUGAUUUCCGCAGCAAGGAUCUUGGGUUCCUUUUCUUCAAUCACAGCGAGAUGUUGCUGCAGUACGGACGUUAGAAAAGCAGGACUUGAGACUAGGCCAAACACUAAUCGACAGAAUUGGUUUUUUCGAAUUUCGGGUCUUUCUUUGCUUGGAUCACCGAACGGCAAACCAUGGUAAUCUAACCAUUCGUCGGUUUUCUGGCGCAAUCUUUACUUGAUGGAAUGCUUUUUCAAUGUCUGUGACCAUACCGAUUGGGUAUCCUCUGAAAUUGGUGAUCAUGUGAAACAGGUACGGAAUCAAGUUGGGGCCUUUUUCUGGACAGUCGUUGAUGGAAACACUGCUGUUAUCGGGUUUUGCUGAAAACACCACGCACCACUUGGUAGUUUCUUUGUCUUGCCGAACGACGCCGUGAUGUGGUAAAUAGUAUCAGUAUCAUACUCUUUAGGUACUGGUUCAAUUAUGCCAGAAGCUAUUUGUUGUCGAAUAAUCUUAUCAUAUUCUUGGGGCAGAUCUUUACCUUUUUUAAGACGUUAUGGAGUCUUAAGAGAUUCGCACACGAUAUAUAUCCAUUUGAUGCAGGAUGAGAUUCUGAUUUCCAUGGCAGGUUUACUUCGUAGUGCUUCUCAUCGUUGCGGUAUAUUAACUCUUUGAGGAAAUUAUCAUCUGGAUCCCAAGUGAUUCAGUGUGGAUGGGCCUCCACAGAUAGAUUCAUCGAGAGGGGCGAGCAUAUCUUUGAAAAGGUAAGAGCAGAACUUUCAAGGUUUUCGGGUCGUGCUUCAAGCUUUAUCUUAACUUCAUGGCAGCAUUGCUUCGUUACUCUGUCAUCUCCAAAUGUAUAUGCUAUAACUUGUUGGGUUUUGCCAAAUCGAUUAUGGAGUAUUUCGACAGCUGAUUUGUAGUUUUCGUCCGUGAUCGUCAGUCCUUGUAUUGCUUGCAAACCAUGACCUUCUAGCAGUGAAUAUAAAUAGUUGAAUUUGUCAACAGGAGGCAGGUUUGGAUUCUUAUCCGCAGCACUCUGAAAACCAUCCCGAAGGUGCGAAACUUAGUUAUUUCAUGACCAUUACAAAUUGGACCAUAGAUACUUGAUAAGCUUCUUGAUUUGAGUGUCCAAUACGCUUGAUUUUGUAAACUCUCUCUCAGAUUCUUCGAUGUCUUUUUCAAUGUCUUUACUAAAGCUAAGUUUUCGUUGAGGAGCUUGGAGGAGGAGCUAAACGAUCUACACAGGAAAAAACGCCUAGCCUGUAACAAUGUUGUUGAAAACAGGCCUGAACAAUAUUUUGCUGCCCAUAUUGUUCCUGGUUGUUAACAAUAUUGUUCAGCAUUGUUUAACAUAUAAAUAUUGUUCAGGCCUGUCUUCAUCAACAUUGUUACAGGCCAGGCGUUUUUUCCUGUGUAGUUUAGAUUGACUUCGUAAGGACCCCUCGAUUGGCAGAGCGAAUUGCACGUUUUCGCUCAAUGGUUUCGCUCAUAUUUCUUCGUCAAAAUAUAAAUUAAACGUUGUUUGACUUGUUUCUUCGGUUAAAAUUCCCCACGUUGGGCGCCAUGAACUGCACGUCGCAGUUAAAUGUAAUAUAAACAUUAUAGUUUAAAAUAAAAUAUAAGUUGAAAUUCGUUAUAAACGUGUUUUUCGAUUCAAUAAAACAACAUAAAGCGUCUUGUUUGUGACAUAUUGUUCGCUAUGACAAAAGUAGUGACGAGAAAUUAACCGUUCACAACAUUAUACAUGGAAAUUUUGAGUGUCAAUUUUUGACAUUUACUGUAUUAAGACCGAUGUACACUAGACAACUUUUGCCUAAAACUGUCGCAUGCAACCUGCUUACAACUUGAGUUGUACUGUGUAAAUCAAGCACACAACUCACCUGCGUUGUUGGUACGUCAGUUGUGUGCUUGAUUGACACAGCGCAACUCGAGUUAUAAGCAGGUUGCAUGCGACAGUUUUAGGCAAAAGUUGUGUAGUGUAAAUCGACCUUCUAAAGACCUAACCAGGAGCAGCUAUGCUAAAUGCAACUAGCGACCUCCAUACAUCUGCGGCCCUGCGAUUCCGUUGCACCACUCUAACCAACUCAUGAUGAGCUACAGAGGGUAGUUGUCGAGCUCUAAGCUAGAUAGACUAGCCAUUUAAUGACCCAUUUCAUCUUUAGUCUUGCAUACAACAUAGGGCUUUCAACCUGCCACUCCAUUAUAAUGAUUUGUUUGAAUUUGUUUGCAGGAUCCCAGUGAAACUCCACCUCCAACAAGAGCAGAAAAUAGAAUAGAAAAAACUGAACGCAAAGUAAGUACUAAACUGUAGUUUCUCUGAGCACACCUUUUAAGCAGGCUUUGUCUUGAUGAAAACAAACUGUAGUUUCUGUCUGUUCCGAGGUGCCUUCUUUCAC